AUGGUAGUCCAUCCUAAUGAGAAGCAAUUUUGUCAGCUCAUACUGACGAAACCUACAGUGGAAAAUGUUGCAACUAUUGGACAAUAUCAACUGACGCAACCACGGCUUAAAGGAAUCAACCUACUCGAACAAAGUGAUCUGCCGAUACUAUACGGUGGGGGAAGAGAUUUUAUGUUUGGCGAAUUGAACAGUGAAUUAGAACAAGCAGAACAUGCUACGACGAACUCACCACCACAAAUGAUUUUAUCCGAUUUAUUCGUUCUAAAUACAUGCGUAUUAAUAUGGUUCCAAGAUUGGGAACGUAGUUUGCAAAUACCGUACAGGAAUAUAAUGUACCAUGCUAUCAGAAAGAUUGACGAUAGACAUCUAACAGAGGGCCAUAGGCUGGAACUUAUGAUUGCUAUCGAAAGGGAUCCAAUAAUAAAUGAACUAUUUCCUCUACCGAACGUUUCGAAAGCCAAUAACUUUACCGGAACGGGCUCAUAUCUUCAAGAAACCACAUUAUCCAGUGUAGAACUAAUAUUGAGGCCGAAGUAUGCCAAUUUUGAUAGACAUUAUAACGUGGAGGUAGAAGAUUUGUUCACUUUCAAAGAAUUUGGAUUAAACCGUGGGGACACUAUGGUGAAAAACUGUCACAAUGCCAUUUUGACAUGUAUGGACUUCUAUCCGGAAGAAGAACCGACAAACCAACAGUGUACACAGCCUCAUUCAACUACAACGGAGAUUUCAGCCAUGCCAGAUAUCGGUCAUUUGCAGAACGUAUACGUGAAUUCAGGCACAGCUGACGAUCUGGACGGUGACUCUACUAUGGAUAUAUAUGCACAAGACGGAUUCGACGCCAGUAUGGCUCUGCAAUUCUACGCAGACCAACCGCUAGCUGGCCAAAAGCAUAGAGUGUGA